AUGGAGGGGGAGAAGGAGGCGGGGUUAAGGGGAGGAGGGAUGAAAGAGGAGAGGGAGGAAGAGGAGGGACGUAGGAGCAUCAAGGAAAAGAGAAAGAAGCACUCAGUCGUGCCUUCCUUGAAUUCGCAGCCCCCACCCGUGGGAUCAUCGCCCCCCACAACGCACAGAGAUCGGUUAGUGAGAAAUAGAAUAUUCAACAGAGAAGAAGAUUUAUUGUAUUGUAACGGGAAGCUUACUCUCUUACGCUCUUCCCCUCUUACUCUCUCACCCUCUCAUCCUCUCUACCCCUCUCUUCUCUCGGGCCUGCUCCGACCUGUGGCUGGCAGCUCCAAGCAGGGCCCUGCACCCAGGCCCUUUGCAAUAAACCGCAACUUCCACGCCCUGGCUGCAGAGAUCUCUCGUCUCUGUCCGUCCCAACCAUCCUACCCCUCAACGCUCCUACAAACGUGCUCAUCCCUUGUUUUCCCCAAACCAGGAUUUCCCAUUGCCAAGCCCUGGGAUGCUGCGAGGAAGAGGAAGAUGCCCCGGGACACUGAGGCAGAGCAGGAGCUGAGCAUGGAGAGCAGGGAGGACAAAUGCCCGUGGCAGAACCUGGUGGAAGAGGCCAUUUUGAGUGGCUCCACGGCGCAGGAAGCCAACGGGGAGGAAAAGCCCUGGAGAUGCUGCACGAGGAGGGGCUGCAAACGCAGCUGGCAGGGAUCUGAGGGGGAAAGAGCCAGCCUGGGCCGGGAAGGUGGCCGGAGAUGGAGCCAGAGCUCGGAGCUGGUGCUCCAUGAGCGGCUCCAUGAUGGGAAGAAGCCCCAUACGUGCGUGGAGUGUGGAAAGAACUUCAGGUGGAACUGCGACCUGAUUGUGCACAAGAGGACCCACACUGGGGAGAAGCCCUAUGAGUGUGGGGAGUGUGGGAAGAGCUUCAGCCUGAGCUCCAACCUGAUCAAGCACCAGAGAAUCCACACUGAGGAGAAGCCCUAUGACUGUGGGGAGUGUGGGAAGAGCUUCUGUGGGAGCUCCAGCCUGAUCAAGCACCAGAGGAUCCACACUGGAGAACGGCCCUUCGAGUGCGGGGAGUGUGGACAGAGCUUCAGCCAGCGCUCCCACCUGAUCUCGCACCAGAGGACCCACACUGGGGAGAGGCCCUACAAGUGUUCCAAGUGUGGGAAGGGGUUUCAGACCAGCUCCCAUCUCCUCCAGCACUAUCGGAUUCACACAGAGGAGAGGCCCUUCCGCUGCCCCGAGUGCGGGAAGGGAUUCAAGCACAACUCCACCCUCGUCAAGCACCGGCGCAUCCACACUGGGGAGAGGCCCUACGAGUGUCCCCAGUGUGGGAAGAGCUUCUCCAGCAGCUCUGACUUGACCCGACACCAACGGAGGCACCACUAAGGGAAGCUCUGCGAGUGCCCCGAGUGCGGGAAGAGCUUCGUGCGCUGCUCCAGCUCCAUCCCCCACUUGAGAAGGCACUCUGGGCACAGUCCUGGUCACUCACAUUCCCUGUGAUCCAUGUUGGCAACACACCUGGCAGCUUUUACUUUUGUUUUGGCCCUAAUGUUUCUAGCUUCUCUAUCUCUUUGCACUCCAAAAGUCAAGAGAGAUGGAUCUGUCACCUGAAAACCACUGAAAUCCCAGUGAAAACAACUCAAUCUUACCCUAAAGGGCUCAAUCUAACCUCAAAAAAACUCAGUGCCGUACCAAACUCACUUGAUUCCUCAGCCACCUAAGUAAGAUGGGGCUGGGAGGAGAUUGGGAGAAGUGGGAUCUCAGUUAGAGCGGUGGGAUGAGGAUUGUGUGGAGCUGGGUGUGUGGGAUGCAUUUGAUAGCAAAUAAAAUUCUCAGACUUACUGAUUUCUCUCCCGUUCAUGUUCAGUCCGUUGCAGUUCUGUUUGCA